UCAUAUAUUUUUAAAAUCCCCCCACUAAUUUCUCUCACGUCCCUUACAUUUCUCUCCCGUGUUUCUCUCAUUUCUUUAAUUAUAUUUCUCUCUCAGUCUGCAACUCGUCGCUUUUGUCCAUGCUAAUUUUUAGCAUUAAAAAAUAAUUUCUAGUAUUAAAAGUUUAAACUUUCUUCCUCUCAUCUCUCCUAUAAUUAGCACCUGGUAAAACAAAAGACUGGGAAGACGAAGAAGAUUGAUUUGAAGAAGUUGCAGAUUUUUAAGAUCAGUCAACUAAAGCGACGUCGUCAAUGGGGAAGAACAACGCCAUAGCUGCACUUCUGGUUCUGGUGGUGAUGGCUAUGCAUUUCGACGGCGUGGUUCCCAGUCCUAAAUGCUACUUAGACUCACCGGUAAUGGACCCGCACGGUGGAGAAGGCCAUGUGCAUAAGCUCGGUGGUCUUGAUACCUAUCUUGUUGGCUCUUGUGAUUCUCACCGUGCCGUUGUUCUUGUUUCUGAUGUUUAUGGGUUUGAAGCUCGAAACUUGAGGAAACUUGCGGACAAGGUUGCAGCUGCUGGAUACUAUGUGGCAGUUCCUGACUUCUUUCAUGGAGAACCAUUUGUGCGUGGGAAACCUGAUCGACCUCAAGCUGAAUGGUUAGCAGAUCAUAAACCGGAGAAUGGAUUCAAGGAUGCAAAGCCACUAAUCAAAGCCCUUAGAAGUAAAGGUAUAUCUGCAAUUGGGGCUGUGGGCAUCUGUUGGGGUGGUAAAACUGCGGUUGCAUUGGGAACACACGAGCUUAUUCAAGCUGCUGCUUUGUUUCAUCCUUCUUAUGUUAGUACAGAUGAAAUAAAAGGGAUUAAGGUUCCCAUUGCCAUAUUAGGGGCAGAAGAUGACCAUCCUGACCUCUUUAAACAGUAUGGAGAAGUCUUGGCUGCUAGACCCGAGAUCGAUGGCUACGUGAAGAUAUUUACAAAUGUUUCGCAUGGCUGGACGAUGAAAUACGAUCCUAAAUGUCCAAAAGCAGUAAAGCGCGCCGAGGAGGCUUAUCAAGAUAUGCUGGACUGGUUUGGCAAGCAUGUCAAAUGAUCUAUAGAAAUCCGGUUGAUAUUUACAGCUUGUUCAAUAAUCUUACAUUGUUUGAGGUCAAAAUAAUUAUCAAAGUUUCACUAUACAAAGAAAAUUAUGAAUGAAGAUGGCGAAAUUCUUGCGCCUUGCUAUAUUGCGCCUUGCUAUAGUUUUAAUAGAAUAGAAUUAUCCAAAAUGCUGUAGGUUUAAGAAGCCCCUGCGAGGUUUCAAUUUCUCGAUGCAAUAAGAUUGUAUCAUUGAAUUA